UGUGAUCAAGGCACCCCUGAUCCCAGGUUCCAGGGUGUGAAUCUCAGAGAUGUUCUCACUGGAGAUACCCACCACGCCUGCAAUCCAGAAAAAUGCAGCAACAGAGAGAGAAAGAGAGUGCUCUCAUUUGUGUGCCCAGUCCCCCAGUCUCACAAUGGCUGGAGCUGGGCUAGGGCUGAAGCCAGCAACUAGCAACUUAGUCCAGGUCAUCCACAUGGGUGGCAGGAACCCAAUCACUUGAACCAUCAGCAGUGUCUACCAGAGUCCACAUGAGCAAGAACUUGCAGUCAAGAGUGAAGUCCCAGAAACUGCAUUUUCUGCCAGCAACAUCGAGAUGGCAGGACCACCUAGCCCUUCAUCUAUUCCAAGAGAUGACAAACUAAGGAUCAACCGAGACUUCAGCCUCAGACUGUCACAGUCAGAACGGGAGCUGCAAGCUCUUCGACAACAAGUGUAUAACUUGGCCACUCGCUUAGAGAAAUACAGUGGUGGAAAAUACAAAACGUUGCUUCAUCAUACACUGGAAGAGAAAGGCCGGCUUGGAUUGCUGCAAGUUGUAUCACCAGUUCCAGCUGUGUUCAACAUGCCUGGCGUAAUUGCUCCAUACCACCAGAACGUGAGGCUCUGCCCAAAAAUGGAUGUGAAAUACCACUACUGCUUAGCCACCUCAGCGGCUCACGUGUAUGUCGUCAACCCCGGCAUUGGCUACUCAGUCUGCUGGGGCCCCAGCGCCUUCGUAGAGCUGUCCUACCACCGUGCGGAGGUGCUGAAACUGACCAACAGCUAUGACGAGGAGGAGGUAGCAGAGGACUGCACGGCGAAAAGAAAUCAUGAAAACAUCAAAUCCAGGCCUGGCGUGCACGCCCCGUACCAUCAGACCCUGUGGGCCUGCCCCGAACCCGAGUACGGGUACCACUAUUUCUUCGGGGACACCGCGGCGGCCUACGCGGGUGCAUACCCCACUGGCGCGACCUCCCCGGUCGGCUGGGGCCCCGGCAGCUUUGCGGGUCGCCCCUACCGCCGGGCGCAGAUUGUGGAAUUGAGCGAGGAGGAGGAGGAGGAGGCGGCGGAGCAGAAGCAGGAGCCGGCGGCGCCCGCAGCUGAGUCCGAGGCCCCUUGCGGGCCUGGCGUGCACGCCCCGUACCAUCAGACCCUGUGGGCCUGCCCCGAACCCGAGUACGGGUACCACUAUUUCUUCGGGGACACCGCGGCGGCCUACGCGGGUGCAUACCCCACUGGCGCGACCUCCCCGGUCGGCUGGGGCCCCGGCAGCUUUGCGGGUCGCCCCUACCGCCGGGCGCAGAUUGUGGAAUUGAGCGAGGAGGAGGAGGAGGAGGCGGCGGAGCAGGAGCAGGAGCCGGCGGCGCCCGCAGCUGAGUCCGAGGCCCCUUGCGGGCCUGGCGUGCACGCCCCGUACCAUCAGACCCUGUGGGCCUGCCCCGAACCCGAGUACGGGUACCACUAUUUCUUCGGGGACACCGCGGCGGCCUACGCGGGUGCAUACCCCACUGGCGCGACCUCCCCGGUCGGCUGGGGCCCCGGCAGCUUUGCGGGUCGCCCCUACCGCCGGGCGCAGAUUGUGGAAUUGAGCGAGGAGGAGGAGGAGGAGGCGGCGGAGCAGGAGCAGGAGCCGGCGGCGCCCGCAGCUGAGUCCGAGGCCCCUUGCGGGCCUGGCGUGCACGCCCCGUACCAUCAGACCCUGUGGGCCUGCCCCGAACCCGAGUACGGGUACCACUAUUUCUUCGGGGACACCGCGGCGGCCUACGCGGGUGCAUACCCCACUGGCGCGACCUCCCCGGUCGGCUGGGGCCCCGGCAGCUUUGCGGGUCGCCCCUACCGCCGGGCGCAGAUUGUGGAAUUGAGCGAGGAGGAGGAGGAGGAGGCGGCGGAGCAGGAGCAGGAGCCGGCGGCGCCCGCAGCUGAGUCCGAGGCCCCUUGCGGGCCUGGCGUGCACGCCCCGUACCAUCAGACCCUGUGGGCCUGCCCCGAACCCGAGUACGGGUACCACUAUUUCUUCGGGGACACCGCGGCGGCCUACGCGGGUGCAUACCCCACUGGCGCGACCUCCCCGGUCGGCUGGGGCCCCGGCAGCUUUGCGGGUCGCCCCUACCGCCGGGCGCAGAUUGUGGAAUUGAGCGAGGAGGAGGAGGAGGAGGCGGCGGAGCAGGAGCAGGAGCCGGCGGCGCCCGCAGCUGAGUCCAAGGCCCCUUGCGGGCCUGGCGUGCACGCCCCGUACCAUCAGACCCUGUGGGCCUGCCCCGAACCCGAGUACGGGUACCACUAUUUCUUCGGGGACACCGCGGCGGCCUACGCGGGUGCAUACCCCACUGGCGCGACCUCCCCGGUCGGCUGGGGCCCCGGCAGCUUUGCGGGUCGCCCCUACCGCCGGGCGCAGAUUGUGGAAUUGAGCGAGGAGGAGGAGGAGGAGGCGGCGGAGCAGGAGCAGGAGCCGGCGGCGCCCGCAGCUGAGUCCGAGGCCCCUUGCGGGCCUGGCGUGCACGCCCCGUACCAUCAGACCCUGUGGGCCUGCCCCGAACCCGAGUACGGGUACCACUAUUUCUUCGGGGACACCGCGGCGGCCUACGCGGGUGCAUACCCCACUGGCGCGACCUCCCCGGUCGGCUGGGGCCCCGGCAGCUUUGCGGGUCGCCCCUACCGCCGGGCGCAGAUUGUGGAAUUGAGCGAGGAGGAGGAGGAGGAGGCGGCGGAGCAGGAGCAGGAGCCGGCGGCGCCCGCAGCUGAGUCCGAGGCCCCUUGCGGGCCUGGCGUGCACGCCCCGUACCAUCAGACCCUGUGGGCCUGCCCCGAACCCGAGUACGGGUACCACUAUUUCUUCGGGGACACCGCGGCGGCCUACGCGGGUGCAUACCCCACUGGCGCGACCUCCCCGGUCGGCUGGGGCCCCGGCAGCUUUGCGGGUCGCCCCUACCGCCGGGCGCAGAUUGUGGAAUUGAGCGAGGAGGAGGAGGAGGAGGCGGCGGAGCAGGAGCAGGAGCCGGCGGCGCCCGCAGCUGAGUCCGAGGCCCCUUGCGGUGAGCGAGGAGGAGGAGGAGGAGGCGGCGGAGCAGGAGCAGGAGCCGGCGGCGCCCGCAGCUGAGUCCGAGGCCCCUUGCGGGCCUGGCGUGCACGCCCCGUACCAUCAGACCCUGUGGGCCUGCCCCGAACCCGAGUACGGGUACCACUAUUUCUUCGGGGACACCGCGGCG